AUGGCUACUCCUCCUGUACUCGCUUUUGAUGCUGAGGGCCGCCCAGUGAAGUUUGACACCUGGCUCGAUGACCUGCACCUCUACCUACAGCUCACUGCCAAGGAAGAUAUUUCACUGUACGAUCACGCCCUAGGCCACGCUACUGCACCUCCUACUACUGCUGACAGCACUCAGCGCUCACAGUGGCAGACUCGUGACGCUCACGCUCGCUUUGCCAUUCGCAACUCCCUGCCGCUAGAUGAGCGCGAGCACUUUGGCCAGCACAAGACUGCUAAGGACCUGUACACUGCUGUAGUUGCUCGUUACUCCUCGCCUGCUUCUGCCGCACUAGGCCGCCUCUCCCUCCCCUACCUGUUCCCCGACCUGGCCUCCUUCCACACCGUUGCUGACCUCAUCACCCACCUCAAGACUAGUGAGGCCCGCUUCCGCGCUGCUAUGCCUGCCGAGUUCCUAGCUAACAACCCCCCCCCGCUCUGGCUCGUUCUCUACCACCUAGUCACCCGCCUCCCUGACUCUCUGCGCGCAGUCAGGGACCAGUUUCUAGCUCGCUGCCCCACUGAGCUCACCAUUGCCCUCCUCGAGAAGGAGCUACUUGCAGCCGAGGCGAGUGUCGUCGCUGUAGGUGCCUCUCGUGGUGACCCCCGCACUCCUUUCUUUGAGGGGUGUUCCCCUUCCCCCCUCCUUCCCUCUGUCGCCUCUGCUUCUGCUGUCGACCUUCUUGGUGCUGAGAAGGUCGGGACCGCGUCUGCUACAAGCGGGCGCCGCAGGACGAAGGGGGGCAAGGGUGGAGGUGGCGGCGGAGGAGGUGGGGGUGGAGGCGGUGGGAGUGGAGGAGGGGCUGGAGAGGCUAGUGGCGGUAGUGGGGGUGGUGACGGCAGCGGCGGGGGUGGUGGCAGGGGCGGGGGCGGCGGUGGGGGCGGAGGUGGUCGUGGCAGCGGCAGGGGAGGCGGUGGUCGCGGAAGUGGCGGCAGUGGUGGUGGCCGUGGAGGCGCUGGCGGUGGUCUGAGCCAGCAGCACACUCCGUCGCUCCAGGAGGCCCGUGAGUGGUAUGCCCAGCGUCUUAGCUGCACGUAUGUCAUCCGCACUGGUGACCGCACUGGUCAGCAGUGUGGGAGGCCGCACCCCACGCAGCGCUGUUUCGCGCGCCUUACUGACGCUUGGCGCACCCAGUUCCCUGAUGGCGCUGAGCUGCCCCGCUGGGCUGAUCUGGAGAGGAAGGGGGUUGAUAUCUGGGCUCUAGACUUUGAUGCUAUUCUCACUGCCAUGUAUGCCAUGUUUACUAGUGGAGAGGGUGCUCAGUACUUGUGUGUUCCGCCCGACCCGGGCAUUCUGACCAGUGAGACUGCCGCUCCAGGUGCUAGUGAGACUGCCGCUGCAGGUACUUGCGUGUCUGCUCCCUCAGGUGAUGGUGAGGCUGUCGCUCUAGGUGCUCGUGCGUCUGUCCCCCCUGGUACUGAGUCGACUGAGGCACUGCACACCUUCACCCUGGACUCAGGUGCUUCACGCUGUUUCUUUCGUGACCGCACUGUCCUUGAGCCACUCGCUCGGCCAGUUGCUGUCUCCCUCGCUGACCCCUCUGGGGGUCCGGUCAUUGCGACCUCCUCCACUGUCCUUCCCUGUCCGGCGGUCCCGUCCGGCACACUGUCAGGGCUCUACCUCCCCUCGUUCUCUACGAACUUGGUCGCAGGUAGCGCGCUCCAGGACGGGGGUGUUCACCAGUUCACCCCUGCCUACGAGCGUGUGACACACUGCACGUGUGCUCGGACGGGUCGUCACCUGGCUACCUUCACUCGGGAGCCAGGGUCGGACCUGUACACACUGACCACUGGGUCCCCACAGGUGGCUGCGUCUGCGUCUGCGUCAGCGCGCCGCUCCUCACUCUUCUGCGUUUCCCCCGACGGAGGCUCCUCUGCAGACACUGAAAACCUGGACGUGUGGGGCCCCGCCCGCGUCCGUGGACAGGGCGGGGAGCGCUACUUUCUGCUGGUAGUUGACGACUACACGCGCUACACCACGGUCUUCCCCUUGCGCACCAAGGGUGAGGUCCCUGAUGUCUUGAUCCCUUGGAUCCGCGCUACUCGUCUCCAGCUGGAGCGGCGCUUUCGCUCGGACCUUCCGGUCCUGCGACUGCACUCUGAUAGGGGCGGUGAGUUUUCCUCCGACCUCUUGAGCGCCUUCUGUCAGGAGGAGAGCGUUGAGCAGACGUUCACGCUUCCGGCCUCUCCGCAGCAGAAUGGGGUUGCUGAGCGCCGCAUUGGCCUGGUCAUGGAGGUCGCUCGUACCUCCUUGGUCCAUGCGGCUGCCCCCCAUUUUCUGUGGCCGUUUGCUGUCCGGUACGCCGCGCAUCAGCUCAACCUAUGGCCCCGUGUCUCCGCUCCGGAGACCUCGCCGACACUGCGUUGGACGGGAGAGGUUGGCGAUGCGUCGGUGUUCCGCGUCUGGGGAUCUCGUGCCUUUGUCCGCGACACGUCCGCGGACAAGCUCUCUCGUCGAGCUGUCCCCUGUGUCUUCCUUGGCUUUGUCCCUGACGCGUCUGGCUGGCAGUUUUACCACCCUGUCUCGCGCCGUGUCUUCCCCUCUCAGGACGUCACGUUCGACGAGUCGGUCCCCUUCUACCGUCUCUUCCCCUACCGCACUGCCCCGCUCCCCCCUCCGCCUCUCUUCCUCGCGCCAGCCGUCGAGUCGCGUCCUCCUCGGGGUACUGAGCCUGGGGGUGCUGAGACUGGGGGUGCUGAGCCUGGGGGUGCUGAGACUGGGGGUGCUGAGCCUGGAGGUGCUGAGCCUGGAGGUGCUGAGACUGGGGGUGCUGAGCCUGGAGGUGCUGCGCCUGGGGGUGCUGGGCCUGGGGGUGCGGAGCCUGGGAGUGCUGAGUCUGGUGGUGUUGAGUCUGGUGGUGCUGAGCCUGAGCGUGCUACUCCUGGAGGAGCCCUCUCCUCCCAGCAGCUGCAGGAGAGGUACCUCCAGUACUGCAGCCUCCGGAGGGGUGCUCCUGGCGCCGGUACCCGUGCUUCCCCACCUCCCCGGGAGCUCCCCUCCCUUCAGCAGAUCCGAGAGUGGUACACGCGGCGCUGCAGUCUUCGGAGUGGAGCCCGUGGUGCCGCGGACCCGGGCGGUGGAGCUGCUGCUAGUGCUGAGGACUCGGACGGUGGAGCUGCUGCUGGUGCUGGGGACCCGGACGGUGGAGCUGCUGCUGGUGCUGCGGACCCGCACGGUGGAGCUGCUGCUGGUGCUGCGGACCCGGCCGGUGGAGCUGCUGCUGGUGCUGCGGACCCGGACGGUGGAGCUGCUGCUGGUACUGAGGACCCGGACGGUGGGGCUGCUGCUGGUGCUGAGGACCCGGACGGUGGAGCUGCUGCUGGUGCUGAGGACCCGGACGGUGGAGCUGCUCCUGGUGCUGAGGACCCGGACGGUGGAGCUGCUGCUGGUGUUGAGGACCCGGACGGUGGAGCUGCUGCUGGUGCUGGGGACCCGGGCGGUGGAGCUACUGCUGGUGCUGAGGUCCCCGGUGCUGGUGUCCCUGCUGGCUCUGGAGACGCUACGAGGCCGCGACCGUACUUCGUCCCGCUCCUUCAGCAGGUUCUUGGUCAGGCUCCUCCUCCUUGUCCUCCUCCCUCCGUAGAGUGUCUGCAGCCUGUCCAGUCGCAGUCACAGUUCCCGCCUACCCCGCCUUUCCCUGGUCCCUCUCCUUACACCGGUCCCACAGGAGGUCUUACCGAGCGUCGUGAGCCUGCGUCUCGUCCUGCGUCGCCUGUUCGUCCUGCGCGCACUAGUCGUCGUGGCACACGUGAGCGUCCUCCUCCUGUCCCUGGCACUCACUACAUGACACUGCGUCGCUCCACUGCUCCUCAGCGUGUCCCUCUGCCGUCUCCUCCUGCGUCCUCUCUCCCUACUCUUCCUGACCCGGAGUCUGACUCCCGUCGUGCUGCCAGUCCCACAGUCACGCGUCUCCUCGCCACUGUUGUCACUGACCCUACCUUUGAGUCCUCUGCUGCGUCUGCUCUGGUCGCUGAGUUGGUUGACUUUGCUGCCGCGUGCCGUCUAGACUUCGCCGCUAGCCUUGUUGCUGAGUCUGAGUCUGUCUGUCCUCCGUCCGUCGGGGGUGAGUGUGCUCUAGGCACGGACGUCCUUGAGGACAGGCAGGAGGAGUUCCAGUGCUUUGCUGCUGCUUUGCCCCAUCUUGUGUCCAUGCUAGUUGCCCCUGAGGGAGACCCGGAUGCACCAGACAUCCCGACCCCGCGCUCUUACGCAGAGGCGGUGGCAGGUCCCUACUCCUCUCAGUGGCAGACAGCCAUGGACGCAGAGAUGGCUUCCUGGAAGUCCACAGGCACCUACGUCGACAAGGUUCCCCCACCUGGGGCGAACAUCGUCAGUGGCAUGUGGAUUUUCAGGGUGAAGCGGCCGCCUGGUUCUCCGCCUGUCUUCAAGGCACGCUACGUUGCUCGAGGCUUCAGUCAGCGCGAGGGAGUAGACUUCUUCCAGACCUUCUCCCCCACCCCGAAGAUGACUACUCUUCGGGUGCUGCUGCACAUAGCCGCUCAGCGAGACUACGAGCUUCACUCUCUUGACUUCAGUACUGCUUUCUUGCAGGGCAUUCUUCACGAGGAGAUAUGGCUGCGCCGCCCUCCUGGCUUCACUGGGUCGUUCCCUCCUGGUACCCAGUGGAGGCUCCAGCGGCCAGUCUACGGUCUCCGCCAGGCGCCACGUGAGUGGCACGACACACUGAGGACGACACUCGCGGCACUUGGGUUCGCUCCUUCUACUGCUGACCCGUCGCUGUUUCUACGCACUGACACCUCGCUGCCGCCGUUCUACAUCCUCGUGUACGUCGACGACUUGGUCUUUGCCACUGCUGACACUCACGCACUCGCCCACGUGAAGUCGGAGCUGCAGAAGCGACACACGUGCACAGACCUGGGUGAACUGACAAGCUACCUUGGCUUGCGGAUCACUCGGGACAGAGCACGGCGCACCAUCACCUUGACUCAGUCACACAUGGUGCAGCAGGUCCUUCAGCGCUUCGGCUUCACGUACUCCUCGCCCCAGGCCACUCCUCUGCCUACAGGUCACUCGCUCUCAGCUCUGCCUUCGGAUGAGUCCGUAGAGUCGAGUGGCCCGUAUCCAGAGCUUGUUGGCUGCCUCAUGUACCUGAUGACCUGCACUCGACCUGACCUUGCAUACCCUCUUAGCAUCCUUGCACGCUAUGUCGCUCCUGGCCGUCACAGGAAGGAGCACAUGGAUGCCGCUAAGAGGGUGUUGCGCUACUUGUGCAGUACGUCGGGCAUGGGGCUAGUGCUUGGAGGGCGAGACCGUGUUGUACUCACUGGACACUCAGACGCUUCUUGGGCGGACGACCAGGCUACUCAGCGGUCGUCUCAGGGUUACACCUUCAGCCUUGGCUCUGGCUCAGUUUCUUGGCGCUCUACACGCUCUUCUUCUGUUCUCAGCUCCAGUUGUGAGGCUGAGAUCUACGCCACAGCCAUGGCGGCCCAGGAGCUACGCUGGUUGACCUACCUGCUGACUGACUUGGGAGAGCGGCCUCGUUCCCCUCCAGUGCUGUACGUUGACAACAAGGCUGCCAUUGCCUUGUGUGAGGAGCACAGACCGGAGCACAGAACGAAGCACAUCGCUCUGCGGUACUUCCUUGCUCGAGAGCUUCAGCAGCGUGGUCAGCUUUGUCUCCGUUACGUGGCCACUGAGGCCAACACUGCUGAUGUGUUCACCAAGGCGCUUCAGCCUUGUGACCAUCAGCGCUUUUGCACUCUCCUAGGUCUUGUGCCUACUGGACCUCACUUGCUCACUUCUUGA